AUGAGUCUCGAGAUUGGCGAAAGACGAAUGCGGCCUAUGAGCGCGCGGGCGAAUGGGCAGGAAAGGGUGGCAGCCGUCAUUCUGAGUAUCUGGAUCCCUGACCCUGCGGCUGGGGAUUGCGCGUCCCGUAUGCAGCGACGAAGAGGCGUAGAGCCCGAGACGGGCAAAACGGGAGAUGAGGUCGCUUAUCGCCUUGGCAGGACGGGUGACGCACGGGCAUACGUUGACGGUGAUAAUGAGGAGGAGCUGCAGAUCCAAGCUCCGCAGUGCAGCUCUGCUACUGCCAUGUGGAAGUUUGCUCGUGUUCCAAGGACUUGUUCCAAUGGUAAAUACGAGGCACGUCUCACCGAGCGCUGCAGGAGCCCCAAAACAGGAUCAGUAGGGCAGUCGGUACCAAGAGUAGGCGACACCUACCCAAGCAAACCAAGCUGCCUACCCGGGUGUCGAGGCGAGGCAGAGGCAGCAGACAGGGGAGAAGCAUGUGGUGUGGGUCAUUGCCUGUCUCUCAGUGGAGUGAUGUUCAGGAACGGCCAGGCCCAGAACACGACGGGUGGGCUUCUAUGGGUGGACGUUGGGCCAAACGGAGCACCCGGCUGCCAUGUCUUGCCCUGCUCCGUCCCCAUCGCCAUCGCCAGGAGGGAGGAGGGGCAGGUCGACUGCCGCGAGUCUUCUGUGGCGCGGGAGCGGAAGCGGAAGCGGGGCUGA